AUGAGGAAGAGGCCGGGUUUGGGUGAUUUGCAGCGCCGACAACAACAGGACGCCAAAUACAAGGAGAAGAGUCAAGUGAUGGCCGCCGAAGAGAUCAACAAACUGUCGCAACAGAUGUCUGAGUUUCAGACAAAGCUUCAGGAGUUCGCUCAGAAACACAAGAAGGAUAUCAAACGCGACCCCGAGUUUCGGCGCCACUUUCAGACGAUGUGCGCCACCGUUGGUGUGGAUCCGUUGCAGUCUUCGGCCAACUUCUGGACCAAACUGUUAGGCGUCGGCGACUUCUACUACGAACUGGCCGUUCAGGCCAUCGAAGUCUGUAUGAGUACCAGUCAUCGCAACGGAGGACUCAUUGGUAUCCAUGAACUCCAUUCACGACUCCUUCAGUCGCGAAACACCGCUAAACUGAGUCACAAACCGGACGAAGAGAUAUCUGUGGACGACGUGUUGAGAGCCAUCGAGAAGUUGUCUAAAUUGGGAAGCGGUCUGAAAGUGAUGUCUUGUGGCAAGACGUAUAUCAUUCAGUCGGUGGCCACUGAGCUAAGUCUGGACCAGAACUCAAUCAUACAAAAGGCUCAAUCGACCAAUGGAUGUGUGAGUCUGUCAUCGAUUGUCAAUGACUUGCAGUGGACUGAAGAAAGGACUCUGAAGGCCAUCAACGAUAUGGUGAUGGAAGGGAUCGUUUGGAUCGAUAAACAGUCGCCGACCGGACACACACUCUACUGGUUUCCCGGUCUUCGACAGUCAUUGUCUUACAAAUGA